GUACCAUGGCAUGCUUAUCUUAGAAUUGAUUGGGACUAUCUGUGGACUCUGGUAUGUUCAUUUUAUUUUUCCUAUUUUUAAUCUUAUCUCUUAUCAUCAUUUGUCAGGAAAAAAAAACUCUUAUCAGUUAUCACUAUCAGAUGAUGAAAAUUAAAUGGUAUUAGAGUAGUAUUCAUCAUCUACAACUUAUUUUUCAUCCCCAGUUUUUUUAGUGUAACAUUGUGAUUAGUGCAAUGCAACACUUGGAAUUUUAUGAUGACUAUCCAACAAACCAUAGAUGAUUCUUUGAAAAAGUAUGACGUUUUUAUAAACUUUCAUGGUGAGGAUACUCGUAAAAACUUCACAAGCCAUCUGCAAGCUGCUCUGAGCAAGGAAGUUAUAACCUAUCUAGACAUCGAUGAACUUGAAAAAGGCAAUGAGAUCUCGUCAGGACUGAUCAAAGCCAUUGAGGAGUCAUAUGUAUCUAUAGUCAUCUUUUCAGAAGACUAUGCUUCUUCAAAAUGGUGCUUGAAUGAACUUGUCAAGAUUCUAGAAUGCAAAAAAGAUCAAGGACAAAUUGUGAUGCCUAUUUUCUACAAAGUAAAUCCAUCGCGUGUGAGAUUACAGAUUGGGAGUUUCGGGCUAGGUUUUGUAAAACAUGAACACUGUUUGAAGUACAAUAAAGUCAACUUGCACAAAUGGCAAGAUGCUCUCAAAGAAGCUGCCGAGUUAGCUGGUUGGCACUCCGAAAAUUACCUGACCGAAUAUAACCUCAUUAAAGUCAUCGUCAAAGAUGUUUUGAAAAUAGUUAAUAAGUUACUUGUUGAAAUUGAAAAUAAGUAUGAAGAGACUGGAUCAUCACAGAAGAGCGCAUAGCUGAAGAUUUGUAUGCUAAAGCUAAACAUAGAGUCAAAGAAGCUACGUCUAGCACAUUGGUUGGGAAGAAACUUUUUAAGCUAGCUUUUGAACAAUUUUGCAUCCAUGCCGGAGGCAGAGCUGUUUUGGAUGAACUGGAGAAAAAUUUGCAGCUAUCUCCUUGGCAUAUGGAACCAUUAAGGAUGACACUAUCGUUUUGGAAACACGUCUAGCAGUUCACUUUGGUAUGAACUUGCUUACACAGAAGCUAAAGGGAGGAUCAAAAAGGAGAUAGAACGUGGCAAAUAGCAUUUGGUACUGGAUUCAAGUGUAACAGCGCAGUGUCGAAGGCUCUCAGAACGAUCAACCCUGCUAAGGAGAAAAGUCCUUGGAUCGAUGAGAUUGACCAGUUUCCCAUUGAUGUUCCAAAGUUAUCUACCAUCUAAACAACAUGAUUGUAAGUAGUUGUGUAUCAACAUUAUGUGAUAGUUGUUGCAUUGAUGAAAUUCUCUUACCGAGCUUAAUUUUGUGAAUUUUAUUCUGCUUUCUUGUGCUUGCUUGAACCUGUGAUUGUUUUGCUGUGAGGUGUAUUUUCUCAGGAAUGUAUUUAUUGACUGGUCUGUGGGUUGUGGUGAUGAAAUUCAUACAAUCUGAAUUACAAUUCUAGAUGAUUUGUGUUUUA